AUGUCAAGGGCUGAUGCAUUAUUUCAAAUACUUAAUGGACUUGGACCACGAGUAGAACAACAAUUAUUUUUUAUUUUAGAUUUUCAAAUAAGUUAUAAAACUGAUAUUUGUACAGUUCCAGUAGAGAUUUGUAUUAAACCAACAUUAUUAAAUGGAACAAUUAAUAUUGAGUGUUUUCAAACGAUUAUUAAUCAACCAAUUCCUAUUCAACAUUUUCUUAAUUCUAAGCACUAUACAGAUUUUGAACAUGGAAUUUCACAAGAAAAUAAUCCAGUUCCACAAACUGAUUUUGAUUUUUUAUGGAAAAAAAUUAACUCAUUUAUUAAAUCAAAUAUGUCAAAAUAUAGUGAUUCAUCAAUGUUACCAAUUGUUAUUUGUACACCAUUUAUAUCAAGUGUUCAAUGUAUUGAAUUUUUAGCUUCUCAAGCUAAAGUCUCUGAUGUAAGAAGAAGUGUUUUUAAUACUAUGUUUUCUGUUGACGAUUUUGUUGAAUGUGUUAAUAGAUUUAAAGAAAUUAUUCCAAAUACUAAUGCAAUUUAUAAUUUCUAUAAACCUUUAGUUUGUUGGACUUGUAAUAAUAAUUUUAAAUGUGAUUUUCAUAAAUCAAAUGGAACAAGAACUUUUUGUUGUUCAAAAACAAAUUCAGAAUAUUUAGCUUCAACACUUUGUGAUUUGUACAAAACAAUUAAAUCAAAAAUAUUUGUUGCGUCAGUUCCUCCUCAAGUCCAAUCAAUGGUUCCUCAACAACAAUUAUAUUAUUGA